GCAACAUCAGGGGAAGCUGGGCAAUAACACAGAUUCCUUCGAGACAACACGAAAACAAAAACAGCAACGGAGAGAGCGGCAGGAAAAUUGGUUGUAUGGCACCUCAGUCGUGCGUAAUGAAUCCUGCACAGGGAUCGCCGCCCUCGGCCGCUCCGGGGGAGACCUCUCCAGAGGACCGAGCCGUUGGUGGCAUGGGAACUGACGAGCUGGACCUGUCAUCUGUCAGAAAAUGCAAAAAAAGUUUAGAUCUGCCUUUCAGUGUGGAAUCCCUCAUAUCAGACAGGACGCCGGACAGGAGCCUCCACUCCCCCCAGCCUGGUUCAGGCUGCGUCCGGCCGGAGGAGACCGAGUGUGCGUCACUGAGGGGACUUUAUCGGUCCAAACAAGAGGCGGUGGACCUCAGCGACAGGGAGACGACCCCCUGGAGUCAGGCUCCGUGCGCAUCCCCUCCAAGACUCCCCAGCCCGACAGCAUGCAAUCUACGGAAACACAAGAACAACAGGAAACCCAGAACUCCCUUUACAACCUCUCAGCUGCUUUCUCUGGAGAGGAAGUUCCGCCAGAAACAGUACCUCUCCAUCGCGGAGAGAGCGGAGUUCUCCAACUCCCUCAGCCUCACAGAGACCCAGGUCAAGAUCUGGUUUCAGAACCGCAGGGCCAAGGCCAAGAGACUGCAGGAGGCCGAGCUGGAGAAGCUCAAGUUGGCCGCGAAGCCGCUGCUGCCGGCCUUCGCCUUUCCCUUCCCGCUGAGCGCACCCAUGGGCGCGCCGUCCCUCUACGGGGCCCUGAACGGACCGCGGCCUGCCUUACCUGUCCCGGGACUAUUCAGUGGACCAUAUGGGAUGUACUACUUGUCUUAACCUUCGCUAACUUUGAACUGCAUCGUUGGGAAAGCCGCCUUAAGAAUAAUGCCUUCAUACAGCAAAUAACAAACACUGCAAAAAUGUCCAUCUUAUGGGUCAAUACGUCUGAAAUCUUAUAUUAAAUAAAUCUUUUCUGUUAUAGUGAAAAAUCUAAUCGUGAAAGAAGAAGAAUUUUCACACAAAUAUAAACAAUUUGGCUUAAUUUUAAAACAGUGGGUUAGAAAAGGAAUGAAAUAUUUUCAAUUGUCAGUAUUAAUACAGCAUUAUAAAAGAUUUACUUUAGAGUAAUUUAUUUGUUAACAUGGUCAUUUUUGCAGUGUAUUUAGUAAAACCCUUUUUAAGUGACUGGCUUUGGAUUAAAUUUUCAGAUUCUCUAUGUAUUGUAAGCUUUUCUAUUCCAACAGAGGUAUUCCGUAACUUACAUACUUCAGUCCAAGUCAUUUUAACCCUGCAAGAUGACAUGAAAAUUUAAAGGCCUGUAGCUUUUUAAAGCAAUAACUCAUGGUGAAAAUGUCUGACCGUUACAGGGUGCAGGUUUAAAUUUUAGGGUGUAGGGAACACUAAAGAGCAUCCACAUCCAUUUAGGCUCCCGACAAGGCUGAAAACCUGAAGCUGAUGGCAGAAGGAAAAAGUUACCAAACAAGUCUGAUUGGUAUUUUGUACCUAAAAUUAGGAUUAGAAGCUGUAAAGAGUUUAUCUCAUGCUUCAGACUAUGAAGUGCUCAUUUGUGCCUUUUGUUGUGAUGAAAUCAAAUGAUAUAAAAACUGUUCUAAAAGUUUUCAUCUUCAAAACUACUUUUACUUACUUUCUUCAUGCAAAGAAUGAACCAUGAGCUCUUUCAAGGUGAAUUUACUUUUACAAUAUCUAAACCACACAAUUUGUUUGUUUCUAACAUCUUAAUUUUCUCAGUUUGAAAAAUACAAUCAACUCUGAAAUAAUCCUGCUUUCCUGUAAUUUUGAAAUUGUAUUUUUUUCAUUACCUCAAAUGGAGAAGUUUUUUGCACAGAUGUUCAAAGAGCUCUUAAAGGUCUAUGACAAUAGUUUCAUUUCUAAAUGUAAAUGAAAGUCAUCAACUAUUUUUGCAGGCUCUCUCAAAAUGCUAAACAUGACCAACAGACUCACAUCGGUCAUUAAUGUACAGUGUAUUUUAUAUCUGAUG